CAGUGAUUUAGGAUUAAAAUAGCUGCAGAGGUACCAACCGUUCUGCUCAGGGCAGGAGGGGUCUGGAGCCCGUGAUAGCACAGGCCACGUACGGCACUGUGAACCUGUUGGCUCCGUCUUCUCUGUGUUGUGCAGGGGCUGUCAGAGGCUGUGCUGUCACCCAGAACUACUCCAACACCUGCUUCCCAGCCUCUGGGCACUGGUGUUGGAAUCAGAGGAUGAGAGUAGGAACCACUGGUUUCCUCUGUCCCGCCAGAGCUGCCGGGUAGGCAUGCAGGGAAUCUGCCUUGCUCCCUCCCAGUGGUGGUGGGACCCUCACCUGCCUGGCACUGGGCAGCGCCUUUGUGGGGAAAAUGGGAUGUGUACCUUUGGGAUGCUUUUCUCCCUUGAAGUCUGAUUCAAUGCAGCGCUUCUCCAUGCCCUCUAGUGACAGUUCAUUCUUAUGAGAGGUGAUGCCUUUCUUACUGUUCUGAUAGCAAACAGUGUGUAUCAAUACCCUCAGGUAUUGUGGGAGACUUUAAACUUUCAGAAAGAGAGCUCAGAGUGAGUGAAUCUUUCUGUCUCUCUUUACUAGCUUCCCCAAUACAUCCAACGUGAAGCUGCUGGGAGUUGGGAUUCCUGCUGAAUUUCGCACCUUGAUGGAGCUGCUGAAGGGAUUGCCAUGGCGCCGUCCUUUCCUGGCUGUCAUCCUGAACCUGCUGGCUCUCAGCCUCUCCACCACUGCCUUGCUUGGCAGCUACUGGUGCACCGGUACCCAGAAAGUGCCCAAGCCUUUGUGUGGAAAGAGCAAAGCCACCAAGUGCAUCGGUGUCCCCAUACUGCCUGACGCAGGUGCUAGCAAUGUUUCAUCCCAGGAUGUGGUGCACUACAGCUGGGAGACCGGGGAUGACCGCUUUGACUUCAGAUACUUCCACACGGGGAUGUGGCUUUCCUGUGAAGAGAGCAUGGAAGGGCCAGAAGAGAAAUGCCGUAGCUUUAUUGAGCUUUCACCACCAGCAGAAAGAGGAAUCCUGUGGCUGUCGCUGGGAUCAGAAAUGCUGUACAUCAGCUUGCUACUCAUCAGCUUCAUCCUCCUGAUGGUGGAAAUGCUGCAUACUGGCAAUCCUGUCUGUGGGUUGAAGCUCAACGCCUUUGCUGCUGUCUCUUCGGUGCUGUCAGGUCUCCUUGGGAUGGUGGCACACAUGAUGUACACUCAAGUCUUCCAGGCAACAGUUAGUCUAGGACCAGAGGACUGGAGACCACACUCAUGGGACUAUGGCUGGGCAUUCUACAUGGCCUGGGCCUCCUUCACCUGCUGCAUGGCCUCUGCUGUCACCACUCUCAACACCUACACCAAGAUGGUGCUGGAGUUCAAAAGGAACCACAUCAAGGGCUACAAUGGGAGCUUCAAGGAUCAGCCUCAGCAUGACCAGUGCUUUAUACAGCAGCAAAUAAGCAGCUACUAUGAGCCCCAAGACAAACCCCUUCAUUCAGUCUCUGAGGGAGUCGACUUCUACUCUGAGCUGCAGCAGAAAGUGCUACAGCGGGAACCAGAGCUGGAGCUGGAUGAGGUCUUGGGACAGACAAUUAGGGAGGAUCGCUGUUAAGGAUGGGUGUCCAGGGGCAGAGCAGUAGGGUUUGGGAGGCACAAGAGCUCUGAAACAAACACUAGCACCACUGUUAGCAAGUUCUUGUGGAGCUCUUCCUUCCUCUAUGGUUCAGAGAGCAAGAAGACAAGGUGGACACUGGGCCUGGGCAAGAGCAGUGCCAACAAUAGCAGGGUGGGUCCUCCCUGAUCACCAUUUGAUGGAUGUCUUCAGCAGGGAAGGAUGAAACUAGAGUGACAUGUUGGUGUCAGCUGUCUCCAAGCUCUUUCAGACAGAGCUGAGACAGAUGUCCUAAUCCCAUCAGUAUUGCACCUGGGAAUAGGUAGUCAGCACCAUUCAGCUGGAAAAUUCCAGUGCUGGGCCUCUUUGGGUGAUACCAGCUUGACCUUUCAGUAAUCCCCCGGUUCAGUGCUACGGUGAAGGGCAUCAGUGCUCAUAUUUAUUGGCUGUAAUCCUCUCUGAACAUCAUAUUUAUUCUUCAUUUCCAGGCCCAACCUCCCCUUUUCCCUGCCUCCUGAUUAAAAAUCCUGCUGCAGUAGCAAUGAAGGGGUGCUUUUAUACAUCUCUCUCCUCCUCUUUCCUAUCUCUAAUGUCUCCCACAUGUUCCUUUCUUACUUUUCCCUCCACAAUCUCCCAUUCUGAGGUACUUUCCUGUCUGUCUCUUUCUACUGUGCUGCUCCACAACCUUUAAGAAUCCUUGGCUGGGCUUUUGCUUUUUUGUUUCUCUUCAUCUGCUCCCUUUUCCCCAUUGUAAAAAUAUUGCAAACAAUCCUCAAAUCAAGCAAACUCAUAAUCUCUCAAAGGAGAAACACUUGUUCACAUGACACAUGAUGCUGUACACAGUAUUUAUUUGCUCCACUGCAGUUCACAGUUCAAAUACAUUUUCCCAACAAUAUACAGACAGACUCUUUAUUCACAGUGGGGAUGUGUGUGUGCGGGCACGGUGAAUUCACAUUAUGGAGGAGCUAACAUCACUGCACUUGAAUUAUCAGUUCUCUCAGAAAGAACCUCAGGAGAGUAACUACUUUGAGUAAUAGCUGCUCCACCUUUUCCAGCAAGGUGGUGGGAUACAGGAGGGAAGAGGCACUCCUGUUUAAUCCUCAUAUGUUACUGGUCCUCAAACUUUCAGUCCCUAUUAUGCAGCUGUAUUAACUAUGUAUUAUAAACACUAACCCCUGUUUGGAGGAAAAAAUGCCAGGCCUAGAGCCCUUGCUACAGUUAUGCUAAUAUAUAUAAAGCUAUUUACACAAAAAUACCCUUAAACAUAUACAAACUGUUCACAGGCUCUGACAUUAAGAGAGCAGGGCCCAAGGACCAGCCUUGGGGCUUACAGCUAAUCCUGAAGGGCUGUCCUGGAAACUUUAUACUGAGAUGCAGGGAUGGAGGAGUGGUGUCAAGAGCCCAGGAUAGCAAACCCAUAGUAGAUGUGCCCACCUGGAGGGAGGGUCAAGGUCCUGCCAUCACCUCUCCACUCACAGGGAAGUGUGGAGAGGCUGGAAGGAAACGUGCCAACAGGAGGACAGAGGAGUCCUUUGCAAUCCUCAUCUCACUCUGCCUAAUGUCAACGGUCAGACCUAGAAAGGCAUACUGAGAAAAAAGUUCCUAUGUUGUUGCCCUGCAUGGUGGGGAGCUGCUAGGGCACCAAAGUGGUUGCUUUUUAUGUGGUCAUUCCUCUCACAGGAACAUUCAUGUAGAUGCUCUGCAACUACAACACAGGAGACUGAGCCUCUGAGAGAAUCAAAGAUCUGAGCCUCUAAAUGCUGAAGCAGUGGUGUGAGAAUCCGCUUGGCUGUGACUGGAUCUAGUGUGAUUUUUACAGUGCUAGUGGGGAUCUGCCGAGAAUCUAUCCCAAAAGGGCUGUAAUGCAUCUGCAGAGGGGGACUCAGCCUGUUGGACUGCAGUGUGAUGUUACAGUGACACUUUGGGUUCA